AUGAAUUCAUCCCUUUCAUCUCAGUUGGUGGGCUCUGCAGUCAUUGUCAGGAACAUUCCGUAUUUGGUGACAGAGAUAUUGACUGCUGUGUUUUCAGUGGUGGGCAAUACACUGAUUUGUUUGGCUGUGGUAAGUGACCGGAGGCUCCGUACUGUUACUAACUACUUCUUGCUCUCCCUGGCCACUGCAGACAUCUUUGUGGGAGCUGUGGCAAUCCCUUGUGCUAUCCUUUUGGAUCUAGGUGUGAGUAGAUGUAGCCUUUACGCCUGCCUUUUGAUGCUGUGUAAUCUCAUGACUUUUUGUAUGGCCUCAAUAUUUGGACUGUUGGCAGUAGCCGUAGAACGUUACAUCAGCAUCAUGCGCCCCUUCCACUACCGUGUACUGGUAACACCUCGUGCCGCCAUGUUGGUCAUUCUUGGUACUUGGAUAUCAGCAGCAUUUACAGGCUUAAUACCAAUUAUGGGCUGGCACAAACCAUUUCCACCUGGCACCGAGUGCCUUUUCAACACUCUCAUCUCUGAGGCCUACAUGGUCUAUGUGAUAUUUUUGGGCUGUGUAGUUCCACCACUGGUUGCCAUGUUAAUUCUCUAUGCCCGUAUCUUCCUGGAAAUUCGCAGACAGAUCCGGCAGAUAUCAGAGUGGGAAGUGGAUGUUAGCCGUAGGAGAAGGCGGAAACGCAUAGUGGCCAGGGAGCUUCGCAUGGCUACCUCACUUUUCAUUGUGGUCUUCUGCUUCGUGUUCUGUUGGUUCCCAAUCCACCUUUUGAAUUUGAUUAACCUUGCCUGUCCAAGUUGCAUGGUGCCUAGGGAAGUCAUUCUAUGUGCAGUCAUUCUCUCCCAUGUAAAUUCUGCCCUUAACCCCAUUAUAUAUGUAUUCCGCAUGAAAUCCUUCCGACGAGCAAUAGAGGCCACCCUACCUUGUUUCUGUGCCAAAGGGAGUGUAGGCAGUGUGAUGGCCUCCAGUCUUGCAAAAGCUGCUCAAGGUCAGGGGGAAGAAUGCAGCAUUAGGCGUGUUCCACUACCGGGGAAGUAA